AUGAAGAAGAACGGUGGGGUUGGUGGGGUUGGUGGUGUUGGUAGCUGCAAGGCCUCCGAGCGUUCAGCUUACUUUGCGCGGAGGGAGGCGGCGAAGGUCCUGAGAAGCGUACUCCAGGGCGACGCGCGCCGCAGGGCCGCGGGAACGAUCAAAUCCCUCGUGUAUGGCCCGUCAGUGCGAAACAAGAAGGCCACGUUCGCUCUCGUCUGCCAAACCCUCAAAUGUAAUCCCAACUCAUAUUUGCCGAAUUCGACAUUUUUUGUUCUCGUUGGUUCUUUUUUUUUUUGGUCGUGGAUUGGUCGGGUCCCUCACAAGCCUCGCAAACGUGUUCACUUUGCUGCUAUUUUGCAGAUCUUCCGCUACUCAAGGAGGUUCUAGCAGGGACCGACGUCCUGAAAGGCAAGUGGAAGGUGAAGAUAAGCCCUAAAAUCAUCUUCCUCAUUGCAAUGGUAUGCCCCGGUCGCCACGCUUGACGGUGCUUUUUUUUGGGUUUCAGAGGCAAGAGGAGAUUAUGUACGUGACGGCGUAUGACUUACUCUUCGGGCAGGUCCUGUCUUUAUCUCUGUCUUUCUCAUCUCGAACGCUUCAGUCCUUGAGCCGCUAUUUGGAUUUGCGUCAUAUUUCAGUGGGAACCAUCGUCCAUUGAUAAUUAAACAGUGACUGUACAUUACUAGCGCUUAACAUGGUUCAAACGUUAUGUAGAACACCACGGUGAUUGAAAUGCUAGUUAAUGGGCAUCAUUGCUCUCUGUUUGGAGGAGUGUUUCUCCCAGGUUUUUCUGAUAAAUGCCACAGUGAUUUUCGACGAAUCAUCCAAUUUUUAUGAUUAUCUUAAUAACGAGUAUAUUUGAUAAAAUAAAGGUGCUUCCAGAGCUUGGAGUACUCUGACCAUCAGGUUUAGUCUUUGGCCGUAAUACUUUUUCAUUCAAAUCAAACUUCUCAUGCUUCUUUGGACGCUUUAACUCCAUAGUUUUUGGAGUUCUUACUGUUUCUUGAGUACUCUUGCUUAUUUCCAGCAGGCAGCCGGCAUGGUGGGGGUUGCAGAGAAGUUUCUCUUGCUUCGGAAGAACUCCCUUACGCAUGUUCUAUCGCAGCUAUGCACGAGAAGGAACGUCAACAAUGCUGGAGACUUGCUCCAAACGAAUCCAACUUCGAGUCUGUGUCUUGGACAAUUUUUUGUACUGUUUUCUUCAUGCAAUUUCAUGGCAUAUUUCAUUGCAUACAUUGAAUGUGGCGUUGUCCCUAAUAAUAUAAUUGAUUCCUUCAAAUGUCAUAAUGUGGAUGUUUUGCAUGUCAUUACAUGAUUUCAGUGCUCUCCGAACGCAUACGAAGUUGCAUUAAUCAAGUAUCCGAUUUUUUGGAUGCAGAAUGCACGCGUUUAUUGCUUAUUCUUUCGGUUACUACCUUGCCACGUUGCUGUGUGCAGUUUAAAACAUUUACAUUUAGUUUAGAAAUUUAUUUAAUCAUAACCUAAUAUCUUUUACAUAGGCUAUAAUCGUCAUGUACCAAAAAUGAUUCCCUUGAAAUAUCAGAGAUUGUACCUGGGGUAAGGGGCUCGGUUGGUUCGAGUCACAUAAGACACCACGCUGUUGGCAUUCAUUUUUUUGCUGCUUUCUCAUUUCUCUAGAAAGAUUUCUAUAUCGUCAUUCAUAUUCCUUGAUCACGUCCCCCCCAGUCUCUCUCUCUCUCUCUCUCGCUCUCUCCCUCAAAGGUUUUAUUUGUAUUAGCUGUACUUUAUCCCACUUUUUUCGCAUCAAUGUACUUCAUUUUUUUCUCCCCACUGGAAGAAGGGGGAAGGUGGAAACGUAGAGGGGUGGCAGGGUUCAUGUGGCCAGUUCAAAUGGAAUUGGAAAAAUAUCCUUGAACAUAGGAAAAAUAUUCCGUGCAAUUUCUCAGUAUGCUUGCAUAAAUGAGAGAUUAGUUGGGACCGAGGGCACAAUGGUGUAACCCCUCAGUCAACUGCAUUAUUCUUCGUCUAGUUUCUCAAUGUCACCAUCGAGCAUCCUCGACCAUGGAGAAGUUAUACACGUGUAAACAGUUCAUACUUCUAUUGUUUUACAAAUCACUUUAUUUGUGAAAAUGUCUCAAUUGUCAACUUAUGGCUUUUGGAUGUUACAAUUUAUCAACUUUAUAGCCACGUGGUUUAGUGGCUGUAUAUAGGAGGACACAAAUCUCUCUCGAUAUAUAUCUAUAUAUAUAUAUAUAUAUAUAUAUAUAUAUACAUGUCUAUCUAUCUAUCUCUGUGUUUUUUUAAUAACCUGGAUGAUUGGCCAAGGGAGCUCAUAUCAAGAAGAAAGAUAUCAUCUUGCUGCAUAUCAUCUUUUCAUUGGUUUAAUAUUUCGUUGCUCUUUUUCUAUGAAAGUUUUUUCAUCAAAGCACCUUAGUUUACAGAGUGCCAUUUAUUGAUGUUCAGUUGUAGAAUUUACAUUCCUAAAAUUCUUCUUGUAGGGCCUACUAAACCUCGAUAUGUCCGUGUAAAUACCCUAAAACUUGACGUUGACUCUGCCAUAGUGGCACUAGAUAAAGAAUAUGCGGUACGUAUCACUUGAUAUCAUUUAUCCUGUUGAUUCAAUGCAGUUGACGUGAGUUCAUUUUUUACGUAUUAAGGUAUCUAUUUGUUGAAAUAUUUUUCCAUCGUAUGUUUCAGAAUUUAAAGUCGGAUUUGCGACAAGAGGGAUUUUUUUGUUUUACAUUAACUGGAUCUUGAGGUGAUGGUUUUCCAUCCUAAAAAUGAAAGGGUGUUGAUUAACUGGCUCUUUUUGCCAGUUAAGCAAGAUCUCGGCUCAAAGUAGACAAAUUAUUUGGAGGGUGGAUCAUUUGACGGAAUUAGGAUAGGAAGAUAAUGCUUUUAAUGGAUUCAGAAAUAUAGGGAGUCUAAACUUUCCAUCCGACGUUUUUUGAUACCUUCCGUUGAUGGUUAUUACAUCACAGGAAUGGGAUGAUACUCUGAAUGUAUUAGAUUGUUUAAAGUUUGCAUUUGAUUGGUUGAUACCAUUUUUUUCUUGUCUUGUACUCUCUAUUCGACUUGUCUGAGCCGGAUCGAUUUUUUUGCCAUUUUAAGAUGAGUUAUCCUUUAGACUAUUUACGAGUAGAUUUUUCUGAUCCUGAGUAGUAACCACGUCCAAGCUUACUGAUGUUGGAAAGGAGCUCUCGUGAUGAGAUGUAGAAACUUUGAAGAAAAAUACUAGAUUAGCCAUGUCAAUAUGAAUGUGAUAUUUGCUGGUGGGGAAUGGCCAAAGAGCGGCUGUGCCCUUGACCUCACACAUUAGGGUUCUGGUUCUGGGCCAAAUUUUCACUAACGAGAAUGCAAAAGUUGUCAACUUAUGAGAGUAAAGCUGCUUUCUGUCAUUUAUCGUGCUCUACUACCUUAGAGUCAAAAUAUUUUGAACAUCCCAUGUGUAUUCCCGAUCGUUUUUUGUUUAGCGCAUGGCAGUUUGAUGGCUUAAUCUGGUCUUAUGGGACUGGUAUCUCUAAAUUUGUUGGCGUUUCUUUGCUGUUUUAUUAUGCCUGCCUGUAGUUACACAAGAUCUUGAGCUCAAAGAAUUUCGGAGUUGACAUAUUUUCAAUCUUCCUUCAUUUGGUAACGUUUUCUGAUUUGGGUAGGUGAAAAAAGAUGACAUGGUCCCUGAUUUACUAGUUCUUCCACCUGGUACUGACUUGCACGAUCAUCCACUGGUGAAGAAUGGGAGCGUCUUUCUGCAAGUAAGCGGCGUUACAGUGUUUAAACCUUAAAUUUAAGUUCUAACACUAUAAUUCUGUGGUGGUGUUUCCUUUUCUCCUUCUCUCCGAUGUCUUUAUAAGAUAUCAAGGAGGUGGAAGUCGGAAUAACCAUGUUAGUGUGCAAGAUAAUAUCAAUUUAGGCGUGUAUGACACACCCAACUAAAGAUGCUUGUCCUUGUGUUUGUGUCUGAGGGCAUCUGCCAUUUUAGCAUAAAAGGGUACAAAUAUAGGGAGAUAGUGAAAUAUACGAUUUUAGAUCCAGAAGAUCAGCAGGACCAAAUAAACGGUAAAAAUGAUAAAUUUUCUUCAUUGGAACUUGAUCAAAAUAGAAACAUCAUAUCCUCUACAUGUUCCCCUUCCGACAUUCACUGCCAGCUAAUCAACUACCCCUUCACCUACCCUGGACUGCUGCAAAAUACAUCCUCAAAAGAAGUUCCCCGUUGUCCCUUGCCCUCAAUGUUUGGACUGCAAAUCAGAUUCAGAUAGCAGCAGGACCCGGAAACUAACGAAUUAUGACUUUUUCUAAGAGCAGUAGCGUUGGGUGGGAGUUCAUAUCACUUAUAUAUGCGCUAUCACUAUCUAUAAGCACAACAGAGACAUUGAAACGGCUAUGGUUUUCAGUUCCUGUUGAAAUUUUUCUUGCUGUUGUAAGAUAUAGAGGGGAUGGGUCAAUGCUUAUACGAAUGACAGAUGGUGGUGCAUCUUUGGUUGAUUAAAUUAUAUAGGCAUACCAUUCAGUUCUUCCUGAAUCGAUGAUGUAACGAAGUCAAUAAAAGCUUCAUAAACGCUUAUACUAAGUCUUUUCUUUUGGUCCAGGGAAAAUCGAGUUCUAUGGCAGCAACGGCCCUAAUGCCUAAAUCAGGAUGGAAGGUAAAUUGAAAUUUAUCAUUAAGUGCUUUUUCUUAUUGUAUAGAGUGUGUUAUGGUAAUAUUUUCGUCCCCUAUUAAUUUAUUUUUUCUGUUUAAGCUCAACCCUUGGUUUUUACCAAACUUUUUUGGCGCCAAAGAUCCUAUGAUAUCUUUGCAAUGCCUUUGGCACCUAGUCUUUUAGUUGGUGUUUUCUUGUUACCUUUUCUCAAAGGAAACUUUCUCAAUGAUUCUGAUAAUCUUCAGUAACGACCAUUUAAAAUUAUUGGGUUGUUGUGAGAUGAAUGUUUUAGAUUCUCCAAAUAUAUAUAUAUAUAUAUAUAUAUAUAUAUAUAAAUGAUUUGAUUAUGAAUAGGAGAGGGGUUGAUCGGGUGAGCAGUGGGAAGACAAAUGGGCAUUGGCAUUGCCAAUUUAGGCAGGGAAUGCAUCUUGUAACAAAGGAGUUGGCUGCUCUGCACGAAAUCCUUGUUGGGUGCUGGGUGAUCCGAUCCUCAAUGAGUCCACGUAUGACCAAUAUGAAUAUUCUUGAUAACCAAAGGUGAGUUAUACGCGCGGGUGUUGUGCCGACAGGUGCGGGUGUCAUGCUGGCGCUCACUGGUGCUGUCUUCUGCUCCGCCAUGCGCGCCAUGCCCUUCUGCCGAGUGUGCCGCCGUGUUGUUACCAAGGGUGGUUCCUGUAGAGGGACCCUGGUAACACGUCUACUUGGGCUAAAUCUAUGGACUAAGUUACUGCCUACCUCGAAGAAGGCACACCUGAACUACGUUUUGGCAGCCUUUGGCCUUCUCCUAGAUGAAAGAGCUCAGCUCAGUGCAUUGCCAACGUUUGAACACCCACCCGCUUAAAUGGCUGGCUCCACAACGUUUGUCUUGCCUAACAUACUCUAUUCAUAUUUUUUUUGAACGGUUUUUUUCUGCAAUCCUUAUUACGUGUCAUUUAAUCUGCUACUAUAAAAGGAGUUUGAUGUUGACACUUUUAACCAAUUGCAGCUUCCCCUUCAGUUAAUGAUGGUUUUUUCAAGCAAGAUGCAGAAGCUAAAAUAAUGUUUAAUUCGUGGAUAUCAAUGUCUCAAGAGAGAAAACUGGGAGUAAUUCACCGGGUUAUGAAUGAUUCUUUUGCUAUUCUUGGUAAUGUCAGCCUUGGUUUCCAUGCUGUGGCCUACGCAACUAACCCUCCAGGGUCCUCGACGCUUAUGAAUUUUAUGUAUAUUGGAAAUAUUUACGUCACUUUGAGGAUGAAGCCACGAUGUUUACUGAAAUUGGCAAUUUUUAGUGUUUGCAUCAUCAUCAUUUUAUAUUUGAGAAAUAUUAUGUAAAUUAAUAAAUAAAAUACGCAAUCUGCUCAUCACCGCUUGUUCGCGUACGAUGUGUGCAUGAUGUGUCUGCGUAUCGAUUGACUAUCUGUUAUGGGCAUCCUCUCACUUGAUUUCUCACUGAUUCGUAAAGGUUCUUGAUGCCUGUUCCGCCCCAGGAAACAAAACCAUUCAGCUCGCCGCACUCAUGAGGGGGACCGGCGAAGUCAUAGCCUGCGAACUGAAUGAAGGGAGGAUCAGAAACCUGGAGUCAACCGUCAGACGUUCUGGAGCUACCAGUAUCCGUUUCUUUUCUUGAGAGCCCACAGUCGGCGGCUGUUCAUCUUCUAGUUUGACCCCUGAUUACCCGUCUCUGUUCAUUCCUGCUACUUAAAUCAGCGUUAAAAACCCAUUUUUUCUGCAUAUAAAUGAUCUUCUUCUUCUUUUUUUUGCUUCAUAUAAUUCUUUUUUGGUAUAUUUAUUUUAAAUUUUGAUGCAAGGGUGUUUAUCUGUCGGGUUUUCUCAUUUUCUCAUUUCUAUCUGGCAUUGCUGGCCUUGGAUUUAUGAUUUUUUAAAUUUUUUCUUGGAAAAUAAUAUGUUGUAGAGUUGACUUGUGCUGGUACUGGUAGACCUUAGCUGAUUUAUAGACGUUGACAUUAUUCACGGAGACUUUCUGGAAAUCAACCCCAUGGGCCCACUAUUUUCUGAGGUAUGUAGCCUUUUUUCUAGAAACUUAAUUGAUCUUUGCUUGCGUGCAAAUUACUGAGAUUUUUUUUUCUUCCUGAAAUCUUUAUAUUGAGUUUGCAUUUGCGUUUCAAAGACUGGGCCGGGAAAAAAACUGAGAGAACAGUAAAGGAUCAAGAAUAGUCGCACCAGCGAGGGAACAAGAUGGAAGAAACAGCCCGAUUAGUGAGAAGAUGAAACAUUGAAGAAAAAUCAGAGGAAAAUAGCACCUAGAGUGUUGGCAUUACUAGAGAACUGGAUGAAGACAGGGCCUUGCGUGGGGCUACAUUGAGCAAGAACAAUGGAGAGAGAGAGAGAGAGAGAGAGAGAGAGAGAGAGAGUAGCAUCUUAUUCACCGAAUAGUCAAACAUUGAAAAGGAUGGCAAUGUUGGCCUUCUUGCUAUUUUUGUAUCAGUGUUAAAUAUGAAAAGAAGAAAACCAUAGUGAAAUUAAGGAGUUGACAUGAGACAGAGCCAAGGUUUAUCUUCCAAGUCAUGUUCUUCUUGUGCAGUUUCUGAAAUCCAGUCCCUUGUUCAGGUCAACGCUAUUCUCUUGGACCCUUCGUGUUCUGGCUCUGGAACGUCCACGGAGAGGCUGGAUCAUCUGCUCCCAUCCUACAUUAGAGGUGCAUAAAACACAUUCAAUGUCCGAAUAUCAUGAAUUGUAAUCUCUUGGCUCUGUGGAGUGGCAAUCAGGGAAGCACGGGUGAGGGAGGGGAACCAAUUCGGUGUACCUCGCUUUUCUGUGAUGAACUCUGCUGACUGGAGUUCCGCCUCUUCUCUGCUGUAGAUCGUGAGGUUGCCACCGCCAGCAGUGAGAGAGUGAAGAAGCUCGCAGCUUUCCAAAGGAAGGCCCUCGCGCAUGCUCUGUCCUGUAAGAUCAGAAAGCCUGGAUUUUCUGUGUUCUUAGUUAAAAGGCAAUACUGUAGGUUUCUAGCUAAGAUUUUUUGUUUCUCUCCUCUAUAAUUUACAGUUCCUGCUGUUGAGAGAGUAGUCUACAGCACCUGCUCCAUCUUCCAAGCGGAGAACGAAGAUGUGGUCUGCUCAGUUCUUCCCCUGGCAUCGUCCCUCGGUUUCCGACUGGCGGCUCCCUUCCCAGAGUGGCCUCGUCGUGGUUUCCCAGUCUUUGAUGGUUGUAAGUGCUUCACAGACUCCAUCAUCCUCCUCGAUCUUCACUCUCUGCAACCCUGACGUCGUUCUCCUCCCCUUCUGGUUCUCUCUUCAGCUGAACACCUAGUCCGAACAGAUGAGGGAGACGGCAUGGACGGUUUCUUCAUCGCGCUCUUCGUGAGGGAAACUGAUGCUGAUAGGCCUACAGAAGAAACUGAAGAUGGUCAGAACAAGCCGGUGGAUCCUACCAGGAGGAAGCUGGGUAGGAGAAGGUUCAUACAGUGUCCAUUCCCAAGAGCGCGUCUACUAUCUAUGCAUUUGCAGAUGAUCCGGAGGAGAGUGGCGAAGCACCGGAGUAGAUGA